GUAGGUGAAGUUCUGCCAUGAAAGAGCUCUACAAAACACUUCCUCAACACACCUAUAGUUGGUCGCUAGUCAUAGUAACAUUGUACAAGUAUCAAGGCUUCUGGAACGCUCAACAUAUCCAUGAAAAUACAAUUUUGGCUCAAAGCUAUGAGGCACAACCAAGUGACGUGCUAUUGUGCAGUUGCCCCAAAUCUGGCACAACUUGGCUGAAGGCCUUAAGUUUUGCCAUCUUAACCAGAGAAAAGUUUAAUCAUGCAUCAGCCAGCCCUUUGCUAACAACUUUUCCUCAUGAUUGUAUCUUGUUUCUAGAGAAUCGCCUUGAAAAAAUCAAAGAAAACCCCUCGGGCCUCCCCCUCCUGGCUACGCACCUUCGUUAUUCUUCAUUGCCAAAAUCAGUCAUAACUUCAAACUGCAAGAUUGUUUACAUGUACCGAAAUAUAAAAGACGUCCUAGUUUCCUACUAUCAUUUUGUUAGAGAACUAGUAAGCUUGUCUGUUGAAGAUGCACCAUUUGAGGAGGCAUUUGACGAUUUUUGCCAAGGCAUCUCAUCUUUUGGACCACACUGGGAUCAUAUCCGGGAAUACUGGAAAGCAAGCCAGGAAAGGCCAGAUAGAUUUCUUUUCUUGAAAUAUGAAGAUUUGAAAAAGGAUGCUUCAAGCAAUGUGAAGCAGCUUGCGAAAUUUGUUGGAUGUCCUUUUUCAGUUGAAGAAGAGAAAUCAGGUGUGCUUGGAAAUAUUAUAAAGUUAUGCAGUUUUGAUAGUCUGAGCAACUUAGAAGUGAACAAAAGUGGGAAAUAUCAAGCAUAUGGAAUUUUUGGUCUAGAGCACCGACUCUUUUUCAGGAAAGCCAAGGAUGGAGACUGGGAAAACUACUUCACAGAUGAGAUGAAAGAAAAGAUCGACAAAUUGAUCGAUGAAAAAAUGAGUGGAACUGGUUUAGUUCUUAAAUGAUGAUCAGCAAAAGCCUCAAGAUCACUCUCUAUGUGCGUUUUUAUUUUCUCUAUCUUUGAAAUGUCUUUGUUUUCAAUAAUUGAUCACUGUUAUGUUGAUCAUGUGUUUGGAUCGUAGAUUCACAACAGAAUAAGAGAUACCCCAACCUAUCAUUGUGUUUUCUCUCAAAACCCCAUCCAUAGCCACCGAAAUCCAACAAACAACAACCAAAAGUUUGAAACUCAAGUCAAUCUGUUACGAUUCUUUAAUUGAAAUUCCAAACAUUACAAUUCUUCACAUAG